AUACGAGACCAGCCAUGUAGAGCUGAAGGGUGGUCAGAACGUAAUUAUGGAGCAGCUCAGAGACAUAUUGGCCAUGUUGAAUCGUCCGCCAACGACAGCUUCAGCACCGGAGGCCCCAGCAGAUCCAUCUACCCCACCACCAGCUGCUUCACCCCCAGUAGAAGAGGAGGAGGUCUUCCCCGACGAUUACGAUCCUUAUGAGGGAGCUCCAGCGACUCCGAUCGAGGCACAACCUGUUAUCCAUGUACAUGACACCGAGUCGCAGGGUGAGAUUCUGUCGAUAGAGGCACAACCUGCAGUGGUUAAGAGUCGGAAGAGGAAGAGAAAGCCUCCUGUAUGGUUCGGUGACUAUACGGAGAUGAAGAGGAGACAUAGGCCAUCUUCGACUUUUGAUCCCCUGGAGCCACCGGAUGAGAAAUUGUUAACCACUUUCCGAAAGUGGUGUGUUGGACUCAUUCCGAACCACCGACUUCGGGAUUUGAGAAGUGGUGAUUACGGUCCAGGAUUCUUUUGGAUAAUGCUCACACCAAAGGAAUGGCUUACAGAUGACCAUAUAGAUGCAGCAAUGCAUAUGCUGAGGAGGCGACGCACCGACUAUCCACUGACAUUUCCUCAGAAGGGUGUCAUUCUCUCCACAUUCGUGACCAGCAUGAUCAGCAGUGCAUGGACGAGCCACAAGGGUCCGAGGAAAAACUUUGUGUGGGAGGAUUAUAUCCUGGACUACUGCAGAGGGGUUCAUAAGUCCCAAGUCUUUGAGAGAUGGAGGGGUAACGAGUUUAUUUACUUCGUUCUGAACCUUCCCGAGGCAAGGCACUGGGUCACACUUGAAGUCGACAUAGAGCUGUGGAAAAUUAAUGUCUACGACUGUGAUUCCAGCGUCUGUCAUUGGACCGCCAUGGAACCCAUCCUGAAGACUUGGGGAGAACUGCUGCCCUCGCUAAUCCUUGCAACCGGGGAAUUUCCACAUAACAACCAGAUCAUGGCGUUAACUAACAGGGACAUCACGGUGCUUCCAAAAAUGCACUCGACUCGAGCCACUCACGACUUAGUUCCGAAGUCAACAACCAGUGGUGAUUGUGGCGUCUAUUGCAUUGAGUAUGUGGAGCAUCUCAUGAUGCAGCGUGGAUUGACCGAUGUGACGCCAGACCGGAUAGCUAUGUUUCGUCAACGGUGGUGUGUUGAUUUAUUUUACCAAAAUGUCGGCUGAUUAUAUGUGUAAUUAUUGGGACAUUGUAUAUUUUGUGUAAUUAACAUUACAGUUAUGUAUAUAUAGACUUUCUUUUCGUUCAAAUUUUGAUAAUUAUUCGUGGUUUCAAAUAUAAAAUAUCAAUAUUAUUCAACAAAAAUAACUAUUAAACCUAAAAAUAAUUAAAAUAUUUGAAAAAUAUUCAACCUCAACAAAAAUAACUAUGACAAAAUAUGCAUCAUUACAAUAUAUCAAAUUUCCCAAUAGAAAAAAU